ACAUAACCUAACAUUCAGUGUUAAGUUUCAGUUUUUAGUAAUGUCUCUACUCAUAAAUUUAUUUAUGCUUUUAUAACAUAAAGAGAAGAAUUUAUAUAAAAAAUUUAACAUGAGGCCUCUGAUAAAGUUAAAGAAAGCUUUUUUAGGCGUUUGUGUCGCUUCAGGUGCUAUAACUUAUUAUUAUUUGACUAGUCCUAACAAGAAGGUUUACGCCUCGUGGACAACAAAUUAUGAGCCCUCGGCAUAUGCAAAAUGGAACGACAAUUGGGAUCAUCGCUCCCCAAAAUAUCUUAUUAAUUCCAAAGUAUACAAAAAUGAAACAGAAAGCAACCGCAUAAACGAAGAAAUUAUGUCUCAAAAACCCAAAUCAGUAAGACACAUAAUUUUGAUCCGCCAUGGUCAGUAUAAUGUUGAAGGGCAGACUGAUGCAGAACGAACCCUAACACGCUUAGGAAAAGUGCAAGCCGAGUACACUGGGAAAAGACUCCAAGAAUUGGGAUUUCCGUACACUAGCAUGGUCAAAUCCACUAUGUCUAGAGCCCAAGAAACUGGCUCUAUUAUAUCGACCUGUUUACCACAAGUACCUGUUAACAGCUGCGACCUCUUGGUUGAAGGGGCCCCAAUUCCUCCGGAGCCUCCAGUGGGUCACUGGAAGCAGGAAAUGCAUAAGUUUUUUGUUGAUGGUGCAAGGAUAGAGGCUGCGUUCCGCAAGUAUUUUCACCGAGCCUCUCCUAAGCAGCAGGAGGAUUCGUACAUUUUGCUGGUUUGUCAUGCUAACGUGAUCCGGUAUUUUGUUUGUAGAGCGUUACAAUUGCCUGCUGAAGCUUGGUUGAGGAUGUCUUUAAAUCAUGCUAGCAUUACGUGGCUGUCGAUAACACCAAGUGGGAGAGUAAUAUUGAGAUGUUUGGGGGAUAGUGGGCAUAUGCCACCAGAUUUUGUUACUGCUAAGUAAUUUGUAUCAAGGAUUUUUAUUAAUUAAGAAAAAUGAUUGUGUUACAGUAUUUUAUUUUAGCGCAGGCCGUAACUAAUUUAUUGUUGUGAUUCUGUGUAGGUAAUAAACACUGUUUUGUUUGCACGAAGUUCCCAGUGAAACUUGCGAUAAAUGUACGUUACAUAUCAAAUAAAUGUUAUUAUUAAAUUAUGCGAACAAAUUUUUGUAAUGAAUAUAAUUAUGUAAAUAAAUUUACAGCUCCAUUUAUGUCA